GAAUCGGAUUCAGUAGUUUGUGGGUCGUCUUGUCGUUUUGUUUGUUCGAUUAAAAAAAAAAAGAAGAAUUUUUGACGUUGACCGUGGGAGUGUUUUGUCCAGUUCAGUUUUGGAUAAUAGAGUUAAUUAAAUUGUGAAAAAAAGUGAUAAAUUAAAAAAUUAAAAAUAAAUAUAAAAUUAAUUAAAAAAAAAAGAUACAAUGUUAAAAAAUAAAAUGUCCAUUGCGGUGUUUUACACUGCCUUCUUUAUAAGCAGUGCCAUUCAUUUGGUGCAAUCAACUAUUAUGGAUAAAUUACGCGAUGAUCCGGAUUUAUCUCAGUUCUACACGCUGCUGGAACAAAAUCCAAUUGCUAAUUCAACUUUAGCUUUGCGGUCUGUAACGGUUUUUGUACCGACAAAUGAAGCUUUUCAGCGCCAUCAUGCUAGCAACACUUCCGUUCUGUAUCAUAUGGCCACUGUCGCCCUCACCCAGGAACAAUUGACAAAGACUGUUCCAUCAGACAUGGAUGGCAAUCCUCCGCUUUACAUCACAAAGAAGAGCACCGGAGACAUUUAUGUUAAUAAUGCCAGGAUAAUUCCUUCACUUUCUCUGCAAAUGGAAAACAGUUUGGGAAAAAGACAAGUCAUGCAUGUGAUUGAUGAUGUCCUAACACCUUUAGCCGUACUGCCAACAUCGAAAUCUGAAAUAACCAAUCCAGAUGCACUUCAAUUUCUUCAACAAGCUGACUCAAUGAGUAUUGGAGAUUUUCGCCUCAGAUCAUAUCGUGCCCAAGUGACUUUAAUGCGAAAGGAAAGUCUCUACCAAGCUCCUGGUGGACAUACUUUCCUUAUACCCAUCGAUGAGGGUUUUAAGCAAACAACACGAAGCAGCUUAGUUGAUAAAAAAGUUAUUGAUGGCCAUGUCAUUCCCAACAAUGUUAUAUUUACUGCACCAGCUCCAAUUGAAAUGCCACAAACCACUGCAUCGUUUGAAGAUAACAUUCGUGUAACUGUAAGCUUCUUCCAACAGAAGGAUGGCAAAAUGUAUGUUAAAUCAAAUACACGUAUCGGAGACGCCAAGCAUUCCAAGGGUGUAGUUCUGGCCGAAAUUGUUAAGGCAAACAUCCCCGUGCGGAAUGGUGUUGUACAUUUGAUUCAUCGACCCCUCAUGAUUGUCGACACAACUGUAACCCAGUUCCUUCAGGACAAUGAAAAUGGUGCUCUACGAAAGUUUUACGAAGUUAUAAUGGAUAUUGGAGGUGAAGUCUUAGAUGAUAUUAAUAAAUUAGGAGAAGUUACCAUUUUGGCACCUAGCAACGAAGCGUGGAAUCAAUCAUUUAUUAACAAUAUUAUCAGAAAUCGUGAAAAAAUGAGGGAAAUUCUAAACAUGCACAUAAUCAAGGAUCGUUUAAAUGUUGAAAAAAUUCGCCAAAAGAACCAAAACAUGAUUGCCCAAGUACCAACGGUCAACAACAGGACAUUCCUUUAUUUCAACAUUCGAGGCGAUAAUGCUGAUGAAGUAAUUACUGUCGAAGGUGGUGGGGUGAACGCAACCAUUGUUCAGGCAGAUGUUGCCCAGCUUAAUGGUUUUGUUCAUAUUAUUGAUAAAGUCCUUGGUGUGCCAUAUACAACUGUCUUGGGCAAGCUAGAAACAGAUCCAAUGUUAAGUGAUACCUAUACUUUAAGCAAAAUGUCAGAUUUCAACGUUCAACUGAAUAACACUCAACGAAGAUACACAUUCUUUGUCCCUCGGGAUAUGGCCUGGCAGAAGACUCAAUUCGAUUACCCAUCAGCACAUAAGAAGCUUUUUAUGAGGGAUUUCGCUUAUCAUUCCAAAUCAAUUCUUGAGAGGCAUCUUGUGAUCGCAGAACGUACAUUUACAAUGAAGGAACUAGCAACAAUGACCGAAGAAAGUGAUUCAAUUGUUCUACCAACAUUCCGGGAUUCCCUUAAAAUGAAAGUUCACGAAGAAUUAGGACGUUUACAUGAUGAUUACGAGGACCAUGAAUGGACUGCUCGUAAAUUUCCAGGAUACUACAUUCAAUGGAACUUACAUAAGAUCAACGUAUACCGGCCCGAUGUUGAGUGUACAAAUGGUAUAAUUCAUGUUAUUGAUUAUCCAUUUUUAGAAGAGAAGGAUGUCGUCGUUAGUGGAGGUACAUAUAGGACACAAAUGAAUUUAGCAUUCUUUAUUGCAAAUUUAUUGUUGGUAUCUGUAGCGAAAGUAUUAUAAAAUGUAUAAAUUUUCUUUUUAAAAACAAAAAUUCUAAAUUUAAUUUGAAAAAUUAUUAAAAAAAAAAAAAACAAAAAAAAUAUAUAUAUUGGUAUAAAAAAUCAACAAAAAAAAACAUCACUUUCUUUCCUUUACUUUUUAUUUGAAACUUUAUUUCAAAAAAAAAAAAAAAAGCAUUCCACAAUAUUAAUUAUUUAUUUUGUUUAAUUAUUUUUUAAUUUAAAUUUAACAUUUGCCUGAUUUUUUUGUUUAUAUCAGAAAUAGCUUUUUUAUUUUAAUCUUUUGCAUACAAUCAUAAAUAAGUGUCUAUAGAUAUUAAUUUUAAAACUGUUCCUUUGUUGGCAAAGAUAUAUAACUUUAAUUAUUAAAAAAAUAUUUAAUUUAUGUUUGUAUCAAAUAACUUACAUGUGAAUGAAUCGCAUAUAUUAUACCAUAGUGACUUUCUGUUCUCGACAUUCUAUAAUCUCUCCAUCAUACAGUUUUAACUUCUAUAAUCUAGACCUACUAGACUUUUACUAUUUUUUUUUGUAAAUGUCAUAGAGCGAAAUAUGUUUUAUAACUUAAGUAAAAAAAAAAUAUAAAUUAAAACAAAAAAAAAUAUUUAAAAACAAAAAGAAUGUUCGAAUUUUCUAAAUUAUAAUUUUUAUUUAAAAUAGUUGACUUUUCUAAAAAUUAAAAAAAAAAAUUAAAAAUUAUUAAUUAAUUAAAUUAGAGAUGUAGAUAUUAAUAUUCAGCAAUAUGAAAUGAUAUUAAAAAAAAAAAAAAAAACAAACAAACAAAAAAAAAACAAAAACCAAACAAACAACAUGUUUUGCAAUUUUCACCACACAACAACAAUGACAUAUUCUCUAUAAGCAAUUUUAAAUUUAAUUUUUAAUUUAUAUAAUUUCUCUCGAAAAAAAAUUGCAUGUAUACAUAAAAACAAAAACAAAGCAAAAUCAACAUUAAAAUUUAUAAAAGAAAAAUUUCUCAUCAUCAUCCAGGAGCAUGAUGUAUCGACACGAAAAAAAACUAAAAAAACUGCCGAUUAAACUUAACACAUAAUUCAGAUAUUAUUAUUAUAUAUAUAAAUAAAUUUAACAGCAAAAAAAAAAAAAAACAAAAAAAAACUAAAACAUUUAAAUUUAUUCACUAUCAUAAUGUGUACCUUAAGUAGAAGAGUGAUUUAUUAAAUGUUAAGAUAUAAAAACUAUACACAUAAAUAAAUUAUUCAUUGACCAGAAGUACUUCAAUAAAAAAAUAAAUAAACAAAUAAAAAUAAUAAAACUAAACUUAAAAAAAUAAUAAUAAAAAAAAAAACAAACCCAAAGAUAUUGCGUGUGUAGCCGAGAUACAACAAAAAAAAAAUACAAA